GCUAUUUCGCCCGCACCCCCGUUUCUUACUUCAUCUAAACGCGAUUCGAAUCGCCAUUAUCACGCAUAUUCCUCCCUGGAAAUUCUAGAACCUCGUUGCAGAACUUUUCCCAAAAGGAGAAAACUCACGUUUUUGGAGCAGCAGAAUCUCCCCGCCGCCCCUAUUUCUCGGUUACCGAUCCGACCCUUACGGAUAACGAACCUCAAGCCGGCGACAUCUGAUGAAAACCACAGCCAGCAGCUUUUCACCCGACGUGUGUGUGUGCCCGCUACCCGGAUCCCAUCUCAGAACUACCAUCGUACGACCCGCCUUGCGUCUGGCUUCCCGAGCCCCUGCCUGUCUCAUUCCCGGACAUCUCAUUCAGCCAAUCCUGUUCAUCUAUUGACUCCUGGAUUGUUUCUAGCUGGGGAAUGCUGCUCCUUAAUCAUGCUGUACUCUCCAACCACGGCAGUCUUGACCUGCUUUGUACUCUUGACCGCCUAUCUGUUCGCAUGCCGACUUCGUGAUUAUGCACGUCUUAGACACGUUCCUGGGCCCUAUUGGGCUGCCUGGACCGAUUUCUGGUUGAUACGGAAUCAAUUGAGCGGCAGGCUCAAUUUUACCCUGCAAGACCUCAAUAAACAGCAUGGGUCUGUCGUUCGGAUCGCUCCCAAUUGGGUCGUCUGCGGCGAUGGCGCCGAGCUGCGCCGCAUGUGGGCAGUUCGCUCGCCUUGGAAACGAGGACUUUGGUAUCGCGGCUUACGAAUCGACCCUUACCGAGACAGUACCAUCUCUACGAUAAACGACAAGACUCACGAGGCCCUCAGGUCCAAACUGGCGGCUGGCUAUUCGGGAAAGGACGUGGACGGCGUACACGAGCUCAUCAAUGAGCAGGUUGCUGGACUCGUCAACUUGCUGGAAACCAAGUACCUUUCUACCGACACCACCUUCAAGACAGUCGAUCUGGCGCGAAAGGUCCAGUUUUUUACCCUCGAUGUCAUUUCCUCCUUGGCGUUCGGAAACAAGCUUGGCUACUUGGACUCUGACAAUGACACGUUCCGCUACAUCGAGACCACGGAGAGGACCGUCCCGGCCAUGUUGGCGGCGGCACUGAUGCCCUCGCUCAUCGAGAUCAUACAGUCACCGAGGCUAAAAUGGCUCAUGCCGGACACCAAAAACAUGACAGGCAUUGGCCAUGUCAUGAAGAUGGCCCGCGACGUUGUGCAGGAACGCUACGGCGAUAAACCCGUCGUCAAGCGUGACAUGCUGGGGUCUUUUAUCGCUCAUGGGUUGUCGAAGGAGGACGCUGAAGGCGAGACUCUGGUUCAAAUCAUUGCAGGAUCCGAUACUUCUGCAACAGCAAUCCGUUCUACAAUGCUGUUCUUGAUCACCAACCCACACGUUUAUGCUCGUCUGCAGGCCGAAAUAGACAACGCCAUCAAAUUAGGUCGGAUAUCCUCACCGAUUACCGACGAGGAGGCUAGGAAGUUCGAUUACCUCCAGGCCGUUAUCAGAGAGGGUCUGCGACUAUGGCCGCCCGCGACCGGGUUGCUGCCCAAGGUCUCGGAGCAAGACGAGGUUGUCUGCGGAGUACAUAUACCGGCAGGUACUAAUGUCGCCUGGGCGCCGUGGACUGUCAUGCGAAGCAAAGAGACCUUUGGUGAAGAUGCCGACUUGUUCCGCCCAGAACGUUGGCUUGGGAUUUCCGAAGAGAGGUACAGGGCGAUGGACCAGCAAGUCAUGAUGGACUUUGCUUCCGGCAGCCGAUGGGAGUGUCUCGGCAAGAACAUCGCCAUGAUCGAGCUAAACAAAGUUUAUGUUGAGCUGCUGAGAAGAUUCGAUAUUACGUUGCUGGACCCCACGAAUCCUUGGAAGUCCUUCAACGCCGCUUUCUUCAUCCAGAGUGACUUGCAUGUCAAAGUAACGCGGCGAUUCUCUACAUCUUGAUGCUGACUUGAAGACCCCCGCCGAUGAACUUGGACAAAGCCAGCCAACCGUGUGGGCUCCUUGUUUGGUCGAAAAUCGUUGUUUCUAGAUUUCACAUGUAUUAUCAACCCGCGGAAAAGUGGAUGGGCCGUCAAGUUACUUAGUUUACUGUAUGUUCAGAUCCCAAAUUCUCGGGUUCAGGAGAGCCUAUGAUUUUGCACUUGCCUCUUCAGAUAGCCAACACCUUGGCGACUAUGAAGAGCGAGACUACCA